CGCAAAGGAAAAAAUUGAAAAAAAAUCUAACCAACAUAACCUAUCACAUUGUAGUUUUCUAGUUUGUAUUGUACCUAAUUUAUGUAUUAUAUUUGAUUUAUUCUUAAAGUUAAUAGAUUACUCAGAAAUGACUUCAACAUCUAAAGGAGGGUUUCAACCAGACUCUGAUGUACACAUAACAUUUGAGGACCAACAGAAAAUCAACAAAUUUGCACGGCACAAUGCAAAACUGGAAGAUUACAAAGACGAGUUGAAACAUAAGCAGAAUGAGUUAAAAAAUCUUGAGGAAGCAGCAGAUGAAAUAGAAUUGAUCACAGAUGAGAAGAUACAAUUUCUUAUCGGAGAAAUUUUUAUGUUCCAAGAUUCAGAAAAUACUCAAAAAUGUUUAGAGGAAGCAAAGCAACAAAUUCAAAAGGAAAUUGAAGAAAUAGAAGAAAAAUGCUCUAAACUGAAGGAAGUGAUGUCUGACCUAAAGACACAACUGUAUGGAAAGUUUGGGAGCCAUAUAAAUUUGGAAGCGGAUGAAGAGUAAAAAACUAAUUCAUCACAGAAUCACUGUUCUCUUCUGUUCAAUAACGAUAAUUAUUAUUUAAAAGCUUUUUACACUGUUAAUAAAUACUAAUAUUUAAAACUA